GCCGCAGCUCACGCAGCUCAUAGCGGACACCAAACUCUAAAGCAAAAUGCGUCUGCUCUUUGCUGUCUUCUGGUAAAGACGGCACGGCGUGAGAGGACAUCACUGUGAGCGCACGGUGUUCUCGUGCUUGAGAGCUCCGUCCUGCGGCACAGCGGAAUGGAAGCCGGUAGAAUUUAAGUAGACCCUUGAUAUGGACCCGGGACAACGGCACCCGCGAAAGACACCGGCUGCAGCGUGGACAAAAUGGGCACAAGAGCAGCAUGACCUACUUCACGCGGCGCCUCGUGGACACGUCUUCGGGACAUGGAUACGUUCCUGUCAACUACCGCGCUGUCAAAGCUCGUAACGGGAACAACUGACCUUCAAUCGGAGUUCGUGGUGCAGGACUAUGCACAGCGAGCCGUGAGAAUGCGCUGAGGACUCAACCAUUCAUUUAUGCUCUCUAUGUCCUAUGCAAAGACAAGAAUUGAAACCUGAAGGCAGCUGACCUUUACGGACUCUUCAGGGUAAAAGAAGAAACCAAAUGAAACAAUUUAGCCAAUUUUAUUUGAGUUUUUAUUUUAUGUAACGCAUAAUAGCCAUUCUGUGAUCUCCUCCACUGGAUUAUAGACCAGCUAAGCUCUUUGGAUUAUAGCCUGUGCAGCACAAAAAACAUGUGCUAAAAGCCAGAUAUAAGAAGUCUGAUUUUUUUCUUUUUCUGAGCCUAAAUGCCUUAUUCGUGAAUGGAUGUGCAGUGGUCAGCAAUAAAGCCAACAAGCAAAUAAUACAAUUUAAAUUCACCAAUGCCUGUCGCACUCUAGCUUUAGUUAAUCAUCAUGCUUCUCAAUUGUGGCCAGCCCCUUCCCCUUCUGAGACACACAGAUGUUCCACCUCGGGUCAUCGAGAACUUCAUCCUGACCGGCUACCGUUUUCCUAACUAUAGCCUAAAAGACUGCCUCUUGUCUGCUUUUAGACCCACCAACGAAACUGGCAACUUCUGGACGCACUUCCUCCCAGUUUUUGUCUUUUUCUACCACUUCGUUGAGGUGUUCGGUUGGGAGAGCACACCCAAUGGUGACGAUCCCUUUUUCUACCCACUAUGGAACUACUUCAUUGGGGUGUUCUGUCUACUCAUGGCUAGCAGUUUGGCCCAUCUCCUAAAUUCAAUGUCUAUAGUGGUUAGAGAAGUGUGUUUCUUUGUGGACUAUGGGACAAUAAGUGCGUACACUGUUGGAUCAUCUCUUGCUUACUAUUACUAUAUCCAUCCCCAAGCUGGGUUGGGUGAAAUGCGAGAACAAAAUGGCUCCCUGAUGGAUAUAAAACAAGAAAAUUUGAAGUCUUCCUAUGCAACGUCAGAUUUGAGUAUUUUCUUUGAUACCUUCUACAUUCCGAGUGCGUGUGUGGUUGCCAUUUUUUGCGUCAUGUCCUGUUGCAAUACUCGUCAAAGAUGGAGACAAUACCGCUAUGUUAUUCGAACCUUGGUUUUUCUUCUGCCUUUCUUCAUCUCCUCAACACCAGUAUUCUACCGACUUCUCACCAAAUCGCCAUAUUCGGUGAAGUCAUCCUCAUUUGCAUCAUCGAGCACCAUGGCGAUCUACUUUUACCGACAUUGCUUCUGGUUACUGCUAUCAGCCGUUGUCAACAUCAGUAAAAUACCAGAACGCCUGGCCCCUGGUCGGUUUGAUAUUUGGGGGCACAGUCAUCAAUGGUUUCACUGCUUUACCUUUCUGUCUAUUUUGGAUGAACUCCACAUGAUCAAGGCAGAGGUGAAGGCCAUCAUCCUCAGUCCAUCUCUGCUCCUUCCCCCUGGCAUCCCUCCACGACUCCCUGGUCCCACCAUAGUCUCGACCUAUGGCGUGAUGCUCCUGCUCCAGACAACCAUAGUCUCCAUUAUUGUGUGGUUCUCAUGGAAGGCCAACUGCAUCUAUGGACCUCAGAAAGACCAAUUAGAAAAGGAACAUAUGAAGAAACAUGCAAAAUGUCACUGAUUGGCAAAAGU